GGUUGACUGCACAUAUAAAGGAGCAGCAGGUGACGGCUGUGUCUGUGGAUCUGCUCUCCAGCACACAGAUCUAACCUACGGUUUCAAAAUGUACGGACAGAACCAAGGAAACCAGUACCCUCCUGGUUAUCCAAACAAUCCUCAGCAGAUGCCAGGGGGAUACCCUCAAUAUCCUCCAGGCACUGUCCCACGACCAAACUACCCUCCUCAGCCCUAUGGUCCACACGGAGGCCAACAGGGACACGGACCUGGACCUGGUUAUGGUCAGGGCCAAGGACAGGGACAUGGACCUGGACCUGGUUAUGGUCAGGGCCAAGGACAUGGAUAUGGACCUGGACCUGGUUAUGGUCCAGGUCAAGGACAUGGAUAUGGACCUGGACCUGGUUAUGGAAACGGCCAAGGACAUGGACCGGGCCAUGGAGAGUGCCAUGGCGAGGGCCACGGACAUGGCCAUGGACACGGCCACAAGCACAAGCACAGGAAUGGUCACAGGCAUGAGCGAUGUCACAAGAAAGGAAAUCACUCUCGGGGGUCCUCCAGCAGCUCCUGCAGCAGCGACUCAGACUAGAUAAAGAUUCCUGGAAUAGGAGGAGGAACAAGACAAGAUGGCACCUGGAAACCUUCAUCCUGCUACUAUAUAUUAUAAUCAAUAUGUUACUGUCUAAAUGUUUAUUCACAUAAUCCUCAACAAAUGAUUGAUAUCAAACACCUGCAUUUAUACUAAAAAGUAUUCAGAGUCUCUGACUCUCUCCUGACACCAUCCAGGAUCCAACAAUGCUGGAUGUUUGAAAAUGAUUUUAGAUUAGCCAUGUUAUGACCUUUUGACAUGAUAUGAUGCAAUUAAACUUUUCUUGACAUUUCAAAACUUUGUUGUACGAGACACAUUUCAGACAUUAUUGUAUCCAUGAUUGUCUUUGUGAGAAACAAAGUGCUUUCUGUGUAUGAUACAGCUAGUAAAGUAACGAUGCAAUGUUUUGUUUUUUUAUUUGA